AUGUCUUUGAACAUGAGAACCCUAACCCAAGCAAUUGCCAAAACGGCAGCAGUGAUCGAGAAGACCGUACAGACCACCGUACAGGAAGUAACAGGUCCUAAACCGUUGCAGGACUAUCAACUGCUUGACCAGAUCGGCUCCGCUGGGCCUGGACUCGCUUGGAAAUUAUACUCCGGUAAGGCUGUUCGUGAGUCCACGCAUGCACACCAGUAUCCCACUGUUUGUGUUUGGGUGCUGGACAAGAAAGAAUUAUCGGAGGCGCGUGUCCGCGCGGGACUGUCCAAGGUGGCGGAGGACGCGUUUUUGGAUGUGAUUAGGGCUGAUGCAGCGAAGCUGGUGAGGCUGAGGCAUCCUGGAGUGGUCCACGUGGUCCAGGCGAUGGAUGAGAAUAAGAAUGCUAUUGCAAUGGUAACGGAACCGCUUUUUGCAUCGGUGGCCAAUGCGCUUGGGAAUGUGGAGAAUAUAGCUAAGGUGCCAAAAGAGCUGAAGGGAAUGGAAAUGGGUUUAUUGGAAGUGAAACAUGGUUUACUCCAAAUUGCAGAAACCUUGGAUUUUCUCCAUAACAAUGCACGUCUCAUUCACCGGUCUAUAUCACCUGAGAAUGUCCUAAUCACUUCAAGUGGGGCAUGGAAGCUUGGUGGAUUUGGUUUUGCAAUCUCAACAGAUCAGGCUUCAGGCGACUUGCCUAGUUCUCAAGCCUUUCAUUAUGCUGAAUAUGAUGUCGAGGAUUCUAUGCUGCCUCUUCAGCCAUCUCUGAAUUAUACUGCACCUGAACUUGUUCGUAGCAAAUCACCUUCAGUUGGAUGCUCUUCUGAUAUUUUCAGUUUUGGAUGUCUUGCCUACCACUUGAUUGCUCACAAGCCUUUGUUUGACUGCCACAACAAUGUCAAAAUGUACAUGAAUACCUUGACUUACUUAUCCAGUGAAACUUUUUCGUCUAUUCCUCAAGAAUUAAUUCCUGACCUACAGAGGAUGAUCUCUGCAAAUGAAUCUUUCAGGCCAACAGCAAUGGAUUUUACAGGAUCUCCAUUUUUCCGGAAUGACACUAGGUUGCGUGCUCUUCGAUUCCUGGACCACAUGCUUGAACGAGAUAACAUGCAGAAGUCUGAGUUCUUAAAAGCAUUAUCAGAUAUGUGGAAAGAUUUUGACUCUCGUGUGUUGCGGUAUAAGGUGCUUCCACCAUUGUGUGCAGAACUUAGGAAUAUGGUUAUGCAACCACUGAUUCUUCCCAUGGUUCUCACUAUAGCAGAGUCUCAGGAUAAAAAUGAUUUCGAGCUGUCGACACUUCCAGCUCUCAUUCCUGCCUUGAGUACUGCUUCAGGUGAGACACUGCUGCUGCUUGUGAGGCGUGCUGAACUCAUUAUCAGCAAGACUAGCCAGGAGAACUUAGUGUCCCAUGUCCUUCCUAUGCUUGUUCAAGCUUAUGAUGAUACUGAUCCACGCAUUCAAGAAGAAGUCCUGAAAAAAUCUACCUCUCUUGCUAAGCAACUUGAUGUUCAGCUGGUAAAACAAUCAAUUUUGCCUCGUGUUCAUGGCUUAGCACUUAAAACAACUGUUGCUGCGGUAAGAGUCAAUGCUCUGUUAUGCCUUGGGGAUCUUGUUCACACGCUUGAUAAACAUUCUGUUCUGGAAAUCUUGCAAACAAUUCAACGUUGUACAGCCGUUGACCGCUCUGCUCCCACCCUUAUGUGUACCCUCGGUGUUGCAAAUUCAAUUCUCAAGCAGUAUGGAGUUGCAUUUGUGGCAGAACAUGUCCUUCCAUUACUUACACCUCUUCUUACUGCCCAACAAUUAAACGUUCAACAGUUUGCCAAAUAUAUGCUGUUUGUUAAGGAUAUCCUCAGGAUGAUAGAAGAAAAAAGAGGAGUAAUAGUAACUGAUUCUGGAGUUCCAGAGGUAAAGCCAAUACCCUUUUCUAAUGGGGUUCAGUCUCAAGCCUCGAGCAAAACAACCGGAAGUGUUGCUCCUGCACCAAAGAGCAGCCAUUCAUGGGAUGAGGAUUGGGGUCCGGUACCAAAAGAACCUACAACUACAAAGCAGCCUUCAACAGGCAAGCCACUGUCUACUCCUGUUCUGAACAGUCAGCCAAUUCAAGUGCCUUCUUUAAGAUCAGAAUCUUCCUUGAUUUCUGCUGUAUCUGGUCAACAAACAGCUGAAUCAUGCCCUCCGGUUGACAUAGAAUGGCCUCCUAGAGCAUCAUCUUCAGGUGUUACACCUCAGUCAAGCAAUAUUGAGAAGCAAAUGAACACAGGAACAUCAUCCUCUUCAAGUUUUGAUGAUCUAGAUCCUUUUGCUGAUUGGCCUCCACGACCAAGCAAUGCUUCUAGUCCAUCAGGAAUUUCCAAAAAUGGCUCUAUGGGAUCAUUGACAAACAAUUACACUACAAGUUUGAACAUGAACACUCUCAACAAUAUGAACUUGCAGAGCAAUGGAAAUAACAGCUGGGCCUUCAAUGGCCAAAAUUCAUUUGAGCCAAUGAAACCAAACCAAGGGACUUCUACAAUGAAUACAGGUAGUUUGAGCAGUGGCGUUAAUCCUCAGAAUUCUCUUGGUUUCUUAAAGCAGAAUCAAGGUAUGUCUACUUUGGGUUCUUAUAACGAAAAGAAAUCAACAGAUCUUGAAUCAAUAUUUAGUUCCAGCAAAAAUGACCAGCCUGCACCUAAAUUGGCUCCACCUCCAUCAACUGCUGUUGGUAGAGGAAGAGGAAGAGGAAGAGGUGCUACUUCUACUUCGAGGUCUAGCAAUGCCAAACCAGCGGCAGGGCAGCCGCCUCUUUUGGACUUGCUAUAAUGAGUUGGUUUCCCUUUUUUCAUAUGAAAAAGGAGAUAUUGAGGAUGUGAACUUUCAAAGUAGAAAUUCCAUGCAGUGAAGCAUUUUGGUUAUGUUAAUGGAUGGAAAUAUACAAAUUCAUCAGGGGUACAGAACAGCAGCAACCAUAGGGUCUGGGAUGAUGCGUCAAGUGAUUGAUUGUUGUGAAUUGUUUUUAGCCUAUUCUGACUGAUCCUCAACCAGGUUUUUUCUUUUCUUUCUAUUUUAUUUGUAUUCUAUAUCCUUUUUAUAUAUAUAUAUAUAAAAAGGCAAAUCUAAUGCUGUUCAGUUGGAUGGGUUAAACAUUUUGAUGUUCGGAAAUAGUUUUGGCUGGAAAGUUUAUUAUUCAACACCAAGUCCAGUUCCAGCAACUGGAUUAAAAGUAAUAAAAAGAAAAUCAAGUGUUUGGUCUGUAUUUAGAUAAUAGGGGUAAGCCUUCUAACUCCCCGCUCUAUCUUGUAUGAUAACAAUAACAGCGAUCAAAUUUUUUUUGUGGGUUUA